AUGCCAAUACUGACACCAAAUUCCCUGAUGUUCCAUCGACCGAAUCUACUACCGACACAAGAUUAUCGAGAUAUAGAAGAGGUGGAUUUGAGAAAGACCGCAAAGCGCAUCGAAAAAUGCAAAGACAUGAUGUGGAGAAGAUGGACGAACGAGUACGUGAGAGGGUUGCGAGAAAGACAUAAUCUCAAACACAACAACAAGAGAUUCUCGUUGAAAGUAGGUGACGUGGUGAUAAUCAGAGCCGACGAACGCAACCGGAACAAGUGGAAAUUAGGUAUCGUGGAGGACCUGAUUGCCGGUCGUGACGGAGUUGUUCGUGUAGCGAAGCUGCGAGCGGGUAAAAGCCACCUAGAACGUGCCAUACAACACCUGUACCCGCUAGAACUCUCGUGCGACAUAACGAAGCCAGAAAAGGAAGACGAUCGAGAUAUGGAUCCUCGUCUGGAUCCAUCUGUUGGAGAAUUUAGACCGAAACGAGACGCCGCAGCAGCCGCAGCGAUACGAAUACGUGAAAAUGCCGGAGAUGAAGAGUGA